AUGACGAGCUCAAACAAGGACCGUUACUAUCCGACUGUAGGCAAAUCGCGUCGAAGCUCUCCGGGAGAUUCACAGAGCAGUCAUGGUGUUUUCUUCCAGACGGGACAGGGUGGGCGCACAGUCCUGCCUCCUCUUUCUGACUCCUUUCCAACCUCACGUUUUCCAGUGCCCGCUAGCUAUUCUAACUCAUAUACCCAGCCGCGUUCAGCGCCCAACAAGCUUGGUUAUGACCUCAAUCCUCAGGCCUUAUAUGGCGCCGCCCCGUACCAACCCACAGGCACUUCGCCACAAUUUCCCCCUGGGUUUUCUGCCUAUGAAAUUCAUCACGACCGCUACUCGCCUCAGCCCACCUACCCUGCGUACGGCCCGCGGUCGACCCCGCCUAUCAUGACCAACCCUACAGAUUCGCGGCGCUUACCUCCUCUUUCGACAACGCCCGCCCCCGCGGGCGACAGAUGGCAACACCAACAGCCAUUCGUCCAGCAGGCAACUGGUUUUCCUGGCAACAAUAUUCGGUCGCCAACGGCAUCGUACCCCCCAGCAUACGUGAAUUAUUCGAACCAUGCUAACCCUUAUCCCUAUCAUAUGUCGCAAGACCACCUAAAUAUGGGCUCCCACACUCAUGGCGCCAUGUACGACGACGUCAGCCGACUGGAGCAACGCUCCUCGUCGCCUUACGGCCGCAGCGGUGGCGGCAUCGUGCCCCCUCCACAAAGCUACUCCCCUCCUCCGAUCUCGCCCACUUCACCUGAAGAGCCUACUAUCAAAAAGAAGAGAAAGCGCGCCGACGCUGCUCAGCUCAAAGUUCUCAACGAAACGUACGCUAGGACCGCCUUUCCCUCGACGGAAGAACGCAUCGCUCUUGCUAAGAUGCUGGAUAUGUCAGCUCGAUCGGUGCAGAUUUGGUUCCAAAACAAAAGGCAAUCAAUGAGGCAGACCAAUCGCCAGUCGGCCACCGUGGCCUCUAGCUCUCAUCACCCGUUUACGAUGUCGAGUCAGGGCGAUCCCAUGGCGGAUGACCUCGUCCCGCACCCUGGUUCGGGGUACGACACUGGCUCUGGGCCCAUGAACGACACGCUGUACUUGACGGGGUCGUCACAAGACGCUUCUCGAUCCCAUGCUUCGCACUCCCAUCCACACUCGCAUUACUAUCACCCCUCCUCCUCUUCGAGCCAUCGACACCGUGACUGA